CGCCUCCUUGUUACCGGCGCCAAUCAGAGGGCGGUUGGAACCCAACAACCAAUCACACCCCAGAGGCUCCUUCCACCUCUCAGAUCUCGGCCGCCCAACGCCUGGUCUGUGGCGCUGGGUGGACAAUGGGGCCUCUGCUGCAGCUGGCAAGAUGGGGCCUCUUGGGCCGUAGCCUGUCUCUGCUCCAGGCCGCGAGGAGCCUCCACUGUGGGGUCUCCAGCUGGAUCCAUGUGAAGUUGCCCCCUGAACCUAAAGAGGUUGAUCGCUGGACAGAGAAACGAGCCUUAUUUGGGGUCUAUGACAAUAUAGGAAUUCUAGGAGACUUCCACAUUCACCCCAAGGACUUGAUCACAGGGCCCAGGUGGCUGCGAGGCUGGAGGGGAAAUGAGCUACAAAGAUGCAUCCGCAAGAAGCAAAUUGUAGGACACCGAAUGUUUGAACAGGAUUACAAGAACCUUAACAAAAGGAUCAGGUUCCUAUACAGACGCUUCAACCGCACUGGAAAGCACCGCUAGGAGCAGACCUGUGAGAGCUAGCCAUGUGCAUCCUGGAAGGAAUGGCAUCCUGGGUCUAACAGGUUUAACACCUGGAGCUGUGCACAGAAUGGGGUGUUGUAAAAUCAUAAUAAACUGAAAAGGAGUA